GAUUAGUCAACAUCAACUGAUUGUGAGCAGCAGCUGAUCGCCUAAGCGCAAAGCAACAAACUGUAGCGAAAGCAAGCGAAUGUUCUGUCCAAAAUGAUCGGUAGCGACGUGCAGGCGCUGUCCAGCCUGCUGAAGGCGCACGGGGACAAGAUUCUGAGCGGUGGACAACGUCUAGCACUGACAGCUGCGCUCGCACAGAAGUUGAACGCAGCCUUCUUCCUGAUCACGGCGCCUUCUGACCAGAUGAAUGAUGACUCGCUUCUCUUUCAAGUGGUCACCCAUUCCUCCAGCAAUGCGAAAAUGCAUGAUCUGCACUUCCUGCACGACUUUGUUCAAAGGGUUGAGGCUCUCAAGCUGACACACGGCUCAGACACGCUGCAGGGAAACCUUGACCUCUCAAAAUUUCGUAAUCUCAAAGAACUGACCCUUGAAAGAAUUCCACUGCACAUGGUGACAGGAAUGCAACUGCUUCAGCCAAGGCUAGAGUAUAUUCGAAUCUCAAGAAGUGUCGGACGGGUCGAGGAUUUACUGGGCCAAACAGAAUGGCCCCAUUUGCAUAAUUUGUCACUGCCACACAACAACCUAAGUGCCUUGGAUUCCUCAUUAGCAUGGGCCACAUCGCUCAAAGAAGUUGAUCUGCGACACAAUGUGAUAACCAACACCAAUGGUCUAGAGCAACUGCCAAAUCUCGUGACCUUAGAUCUCAGUUACAAUCAUCUCUGCGCCGUGCCUAGAUUGCACAAAAACACGAGCAGGACUCUAAAAUCUUUUGCCAUUGCCCACAAUAUGUUGGAAAAUUUGAACGGCCUAGAGGCAUUCUCCAACUUGGAAAUCUACCACUGCGGUUGGAAUUGUUUGGUGGACCCUAAAGUGUUGGCUUCGCUGUCAAAGCUGCCACACCUGCAAAAAUUGUGGCUAACUGGUAACCCUAUGACAAGGAUGACUGAUUGCAGAGUGCGGGUGGCUAGAAGACUUCACCCUUGCAUCAUCCCAACUGUUGAGUUGUUUUCCUUGGACGGUGAAAUUUUAUCUGAGAAUGAACGCCGCUGGAUCGGAGCGGCUUGCAUUGAUGUUUGCAUUUCGGCUCCAUCAACCUCAAGUGCACCGCAGGAUUCCAGCUCUCUAACCCAGUCAUUGAACAGAAAGCCUGCAAAGGUUAGGGAGGUUACUAUACUUGAUAUUGACGAGGCACAUGUCUCGCCGUCCAGACUUGACGCCUCCUUUGCGUCAACAAGUGCCAGCAUUGACACAGUUGUUGAUACCAAGAAGCAGAUAGAGACUCUGCGCGAAAAACUAGGCGAGUCUUGGCUGGGCGGCGUGACUAAUGUGUUGGGCUUGCCUGCAGAAAAUAAUGGAGCUGGUAACACAUCUGAAAAGUUUGAUGCGGUUGCCUGGUUGGAAAGCCAGCAACGUCCUGAUGUGGUCGUUGCACCAAGUAAAGAGGGAGAAAAUGAUAAUGAUGACGUUCAUGAUGUCGAGCAAGAUGUUGAAAACACGUCUGUCAUGGAUGAGGAUGACAAGGUGCAACUUCUGGAUGAAGUUAGCUUUGUAACCAUUGAAUGUGACCCCAUCCUGAAUGACUCAAUGAUUGACCCUUCAACCAGUGCUCUGCCAGUAGACUCUGGAACAGAGCAUCUCAACGAAUCUGAAGAGGACGAAGAAGAGUCAGGUGAUGAAGCUCCAUUUUUGGUUCAGAGGGAAUUCGAUUCGCAGGGCAACAGCAUCGUGAAAGACUACUUUGUGAUAGUUGGAUCAAUUAAGUUAGUGGAAAGAGAGGCAAGCGGCAGAAUGUCAGCCCAGUGGCCGCUUGAGACUCUAGUAAGCUGUGAGCACAGGAGCACAAACAAAGUGUUCUUAACUUUUGACACUAUUCGACGUGAGAAACAAAACAGGGACUACGUCCUCGAGAGCGAAGACGCCUUGGAGUUUGCCAAAGUUCUGAAUUCGAUCUUAGAGGCUAGAUCUCUUGGCGAAAUGAACCAAGCUGUGUUCCGCUGCAUGAGGUGUUCUACCCACUUUUCCAGAGAGAUCUCAGACUUACACAGCACUGUGGGCCGCUGCCCAAACUGCAACAGCGCAGUUGUGGUGCAAGAAGAUGUCAUGAACAGAUCUUAUAGCCAACAAAAGCAAACUGUGAUCCAUGAGCUUCCGCUGGAAGCGCAGUCUGCGCCCACGCAUCAAAAGAAAAGCUCAAUCGGUUCUCUUCUUGAUCAAUCCAUGUCUGAUUCUGGCCUAGGACUCAUCCCUGGACAAUCAAGACAUCACGAAGGCAACGACUCGGACAUAGAGGUCCUCAGCAAUCCAAGCCAGAGCAGCAUCGAAGUCAUCCCACCCUCCGAGGAAUCACACAGUCGGGAGGAGAGUGCGGCUCCCACGUCAUCCGUAGAGUCGCGCGUUAUCAAUAUCGCCUCGCGCUCCCCCCCUGUUGCGACAAACUCAUCCUCGUCGUAAUGCUAACCAGGCGUCGAUGACAGGAUUAUGCGCUUGAACUAAUAAUUACGACAACGCGAACAAACACAUGCUGGCGGUCACUUGCUGGCUGUCUCGUAGAAGUUGGUCAUGUAGUCGGCGAGCGCCUGCACGUCCUCCACGCCGACCGCGUUGUACAAUGAGGCUCGGAUUCCGCCCACGGACCUGUUAGUUUUAAAUCCUUACUUAUUAUCAUGUCUCAAUAUUUACCAAUCGUGCAGCGGCUUUUACCACAAUAAAAGUAUUUUCUUGUUGUUUACCGUAA